AUCUCAGAAACCGUGAUCUCAGAAACCGUGAUCUCAGAAACCGUGAUCUCAGAAAUUGAUCUCCGAAAUUGACAAUCCGAGAAACAGUAUCAAUAUCACCCUAAUCUCUCGCUACAGAAAAUGGCACCGUCAGACUCACUGACAUUGCCAAGCGCGACCUUUGCGAAACUAUCACCACAUCCAUUCCUUCUCGCGAAUCUUCAACCACCUAACCCGUCCACGCCUCCCUCACGAGCAAACGGUCGCCAAACAAGGCACGCAAGGCCUUAUAACAUCAAUGCUUCGUCUCUAUGCCAUGCCCACGGUAGCGCUGUAGUACGUUCCGGUGACACAACCGUUAUUUGCGGUGUGCGCGGCGAGAUACUCCUUACCACCCAGAUCCCCAACUAUAGUACUCCAAACCCCGCCGAGCCGACAAAUGAGCUGGGUGGCUACGACCUCAUCGUCCCCAACGUUGAGCUAUCUACAGGAUGCGAUCCCAACCACCUGCCUGGUGUGCCCCCCACCACACUCGCCCAGUCUUUAAGCACAUCUAUCUACUCCCUGCUAGACAAGUCAAGGCUUCUGAACGCAGAGGACUUUAGGAUUUAUAACGAAGAUGAGGAGAGGGUUGUCAAAGCUUACUGGGUGCUCUAUAUCGACAUUCUAUUCAUUUCCUUGGACGGAAACCCUUUCGACAUAGCCUUGGCAGCAGUGGUUGCAGCAUUAAGAGAUACGAAGCUUCCCUUGGCAUACUGGAACGAGGAACUUGAGAUGGUGUUAUGUCGUCGACCGACUCCAACACGUGCGCCCACCCCUCUACGCAUAAAUGGACUACCGGUGGCUUGCACGGCAGCGAUAUUCACAGAGAAGAAGAACCAGAAGAAGGGCGAGGGCCGUUACUGGAUGCUCAUAGACCCGGAUCGAUUCGAGACGAAGAUGUGCCACGAGACGGUCGUGAUAGUAUUGGACAAGACCACAGGAUCUCCGGUCAUUUUGUCGAUAUCGAAACAUGGUGGAGCGGUUGUCGAGCAACAGCUCUUGAAGGAGUUUGCUGUGGUAGCUGAGGCACGAUGGAACCAAUUCCAUGCUGCUCUCCCAUAGAUAUGGUUAAUGAUACCCCGAGUAACGUGGAAUGAGAAGUAGUAAUCUUUUGACCGUAAAAAGCUUAACAUAGGCAACUACCUACCUAAUUAUUGUCACACUGUAAUCAAAUACUUAUUGUCUAGAAACGCUGAAAGGACGACUGAAAUGUAAGGUAAAAAUCCUCAAUUCUUAACUAGGUAUUCAAGUGUUCAAGUGCUAUCAUUCACUUGAGAAUAUCUUACCUACGCUGGCAAGGGUACUACACUACUUUUGCUAUACACGACACCAUGCUGAAACCCAGAGUGUCGUAUAUAUAUUGGAUACAUCAACAGCUGCCCCCAAGUGACUAGGUAACUAACCUAACUUCCAAAACCCACCUUAAUCGGCAAGUUCUGGUUAAACCGGAACCUCGAGGAAUUCACGCGCACGUCCAGGAAGUCAAAGUAAUCCUGCACCUCCUGGGGCGUCGUAAUCUGGCAAGUGCGUCCCGCGAGCCCCGCGACGAUGCGCUCCUCGCCGUUCCUGCUGGACGACCCGCCGCCGCCACCACCGUGGGUCUCGUUGUAGUAGUGGAUCUGGCGCUGGGUGGCGGAGAGGGCGUGCUGCGCGAG